AUGCAAAGAUCAAGACAACUUCAAGAGAGAAUCGAACACAAGAGAGCUGAGUUACAACACUUGACUCAAAUAAGAGAUUACACCGAAACGGUGACCAAUCAACUUGGUGAAUUGCAAGAACAGUUAGAUCAAGUUGUUGAUGGUACCGAAAGUGUCGCGUUAGUUUUAUCAGUUUGGCAAACAGUUGUACGGUCCAUAUCGUUAGCUUCAAUUGGUUUACAGAAAUAUAGUCAACAAGAUUUUGAAAAUGGUAAGCCUUUACCCGAAAGUUUAAUAAGGUUGGUCCUUGACCCCAAUCAAUAUGAACAAUCAGAGGUUGAUGAAGAAUCGGAGCAAUAG